AUGUUUCCGUCGGAGACGGAUGCAGGAGGACAAAAUGCUAGCGGGGCUUCGGGCACUGUGCUGAUUCCCACGCGGUUUUUCUGGCCGUAUGGUGGUAGGAGGGUCUUUCUCAGCGGUUCUUUCACUAGGUUAGCUUUUAAGAAUAUUCAUUCGUAUACCUUUUUCUUUUUUUUUUCCUUCUUUUAGUUCUGAUUAUUCUUGACAGGCCAUGCAUGGAAGAUAUUAAUAACGGUUUCGGUGCCUAAUUGGUCCUGGGACUUGUCUGAUAGAUUGUUGUUCUUCCUUGUUGCAUAGAAAAUUCCAUCUCUACCUGAAACUGGGGUUGAAAGGAGAAAAACACAUGGUGGAGAUGUGCAUUAUAUAUGUUCUUGAUGGAUGUUUUUCCAUUUUAAUGGAUCAUGAAUUGUUUUUAAUAGCAUCCAUAUUGCGUUGUGUUUAGGUGGUCCGAACACUUACCAAUGUCCCCAAUGGAGGGUUGUCCCACAGUAUUUCAGGCCAUUUGCAGCUUGACGCCUGGGAUUCAUCAGGUGAGAUCUCCUGAUUGCACAAUAUUGUUCACCUAAAGAUACUUAAAACUGCAUUUAAAAUUUAAUACGGUAAUUUCCUCCCCCAAUUGAAUUCAAUAGGAGGACCUUCAUUUCAUCUUUCAAAUAAAAACGAAAACUAGGUGAUAUGAAGAUAGAAAAAAGAUUGUUACAAGGAAUCCAAUAUUCUAAGAAAAGUGGGCAUUCACCGCAUUCAGUAUUCAGAAAGACAUUCACAAGUCAGCUAUACCCACUGAGAGGUGAUCUUAGUUACUCUAAUUUUUGUGUUCUGGAGUGCAUGAUUUUUCUUGUUUCCUUCUGACAUCUUUCCCCUUGAUUACCGUUGGUCUUUUAAGGCUAGACAAAUAGACAAUGUAGAACGAGAUCCGAGCACUUGAUUAGCAUAAUGAUUUGCUAUUAUAAUUACUGACCUUUAAAACAAUUAAUUAUGUAAAGUUUUGGCAUUUUUUUGAAGGUGCACAUACAUGCAUGCGUUCAAUAUGAAAGUUUCUUACUUAAAUGAUUUAUCCUUGAUGCAUUUUGUCAAUGCAGUACAAGUUUUUCGUUGAUGGGGAAUGGAGGCAUGACGAACGGCAACCCUCUGUGACGGGAAACUAUGGGGUAGUAAAUACUGUGGUUCUAACUAGGGAAUCUGACCCUACUCCAAUCCCCAAUCCUGAGACACCCACCAGUGGAGUGAGCAUGGAUGUUGAUAAUGAAACAUUUCAGCGUGUGGUAUGUUGAUUUGGAUUAUUCCUAGUUUAUUGGAAACUGAAUUUUCUCUCUUUCUUCUUAGCUAUGAUAUUAAAUUGUCUUGAGUGUCUCAAACUGUCGGGAGAAACCUCAUUUUUCUCUCUCCCUGCAUUAUUAACUUCCGUUAGGGUUUUCCAUGUUUAAGAAUACUGUCUAUCUUCGUGUGUGUAUUGACAAGGUGAGUGUGCAUUGUCAGAGAGCUCAAAGGAAUGAGGUUUUUGACAAUCACUAUUUACAGUCUUUGUUUUCAAUGAUGAAAGGUCAUUUAUGGAUAAAUAAAUUUUCGAAAAUGGGAGUAUCUCAGUUGAUUAGCUGAAGGUAUGCAUUAAUGCCUGUGAAAGUAAAUUAUGUUGAACCAUGUCAAUGAUUGGGUGAACACGUUGCAAAUGAAACAUUGCAAAUUUUCGUGCUUUUCUUUGACGCCUGUUGCAUUGUCUGCAAUUAAUGAGAUGAUGUGAUUUCACAUGACCUUGGGCAUGUAAUCUGGUUUAUCAAGAACUAACUAUUUGUCAUAUGGUAACCCAUUCUGAUUGCACUAUUUGGCCGUGUAAUCUGCCCAGUGAUUGCACAUUUUGAAUACAUUUGUAAUACUGCCAGACUGCUUUUUUCUUUUCGCCUUAAUAUGUUUCAAAAAUGCAAAAAAAAAAACAGCGACUUCAGUGUGCCUGAUUUUACUGAUUUCAUCUGCUAUUUGACACCGAACCUUAAAAAAGAAAAAGAAAAAAGAAGAAAAAUGUAAAGGGUAGAAAUCAAUGAACAUAUAAAACUUCUGCCUUUGUCAUUCUCUUGUGCUUCUGCGCCCGAAUCUAUGUUACUGUGGAAACAUUAGUUGUCUCAGCGAAUGAUCACUUUAUUCAUCUAGAGGAAGACCAAGACAUUAAUUUUUUUCAUCAACAUGUUAACUUCAUUGGUUUCUUUCUGACGCUCAUGCUCAGUGGAGGUGGUUACUGAUUUGAAUGAUACAACCUUUUUUCCGUUCGCGUUCAUGCCCUGUUAGAUGAUUGUAUUAAUGUUUUCUGGCAUUUCUAUUCCUUCAAUGUCAAGCAGGUUACUGUAUCAGGUGGAAACCUUCAAGUUGAACCUCUGAGGGUAUCAGAUGCUGAUAUCGACAUAUCUCGCCAUCGAAUAUCCGUAUUUUUAUCGACACAUACGGCUUAUGACUUGCUGCCAGACUCUGGGAAGGUUUAAAUAUUUGCCUUAUAUGAAUCAUUAUUAUCAGAACUUCCAAAUUUUCAUUUAUAGCGGAGGAACUUUGCUUCCUGUGUAACUUGUUUCACUGUCUGCUUCAAAUUGUUUCAGGUUAUUGCCCUUGAUGUUAAUUUGCCUGUGAAACAAGCAUUCCAUAUCCUAUAUGAACAGGUACUAUAUUGACUUUCCUCAGAGUAAAUAUCUCAAUUAAUUGGUCAAGACAUUUGCAGCGAACUUCUGCGAAUUGCUAGAACAUUUUUUUUGUGUGGUGAUUUUCGAUUCAGGAUACCUAUUAGGUAUUCGUGGUAAAAACAGAUUUUAACCCUGAGCCUGGCUUCAGCUUGUUUGAAGGUGGUAUUAAUCUACUCUUGUAAGAGUUAAGGGAUCUCACAGAUUUCGGUUUUGCAUUUAAAAAAGGAAACCAAAUUCUGAGGGGAUAAGCAUAUAACCAGACAAUUCUAAAGAAAAGCAGUAACGGGAGAAUCCAUAGCUAACAUAUAUAUGGAUAAGGCAAAAAAUAAAAAUAAGACCUUUAUUGAGCUAUCGAUACAUAAUAGCCUUUUGAAAAACUCCAAACAUGCAGAAUGGCAUGGUUUUCUCGUUGAUCUCUCUGUGAUCACAUUGCCUCAAUACAAGCUGGUUGGGGGAUCUUCAACAAAUUUUUUGUGUCUGAUUGAUGCUGAGUGUAUUUCAUUUCUUGUAAAUUGUUUCACAUUAUUUCCGAUCAACUGAAUUAUCAAAUAUUUAUUAAUGAUUCUCCAAAGAAGUUGAAUUGCUUCAUAGGUGGACAGAUGCAACCUUUCAGAGAAGUGUAGAAAUAAGCCUCCCUUUGAAGAAAGAAUCCUACCUUUCGUUCCACUCUGCUUUCAAAUUUCUGCACAAUCUUUACUCAACCCUUUAGUGUAAGAACGUAGUAAAUGGUAUUCCAAGGUAGGAGAUGCGAGAAUCUCCUACCUCACAAUCUAGUAUGACAAUUCGCCCUCCUUUCCUUUCUUCCUUCAAUACUUGUGCUGAUAAUCAAACGCUCUUCAUCCUUCCCCCUUAGUCAGGUUCAUUAAUCUGGUAAUUCAGUUGUCCUCAAACAAAGUUUGAUUGUGUACUUUGGAUACUGGGUGUGUUGUUACCACUAAAACUUACAGAUAUAGCUGGAAGAUUCGCCUAGCUUGAAUAUCAUUCUCAUGGUGACUUAUCUUUUUCCACAUUGGUAUUGAUAUGCCUGUGUUCAUUUCCAAAUCAUUACGCUUUUUGGAGUAAUCUUCUAAACAUUGGUUGGUAGCUAUGCCAAAUCUCGAGAAAUUCACUUAUCAGUGCCUCUGAACGAUUUCCAUCACUGUUUUUACCUGUUUGACAUUUCCAGGGUAUGCCUGUGGCUCCUUUAUGGGAUUUCUCCCGGGGACAAUUUGUUGGAGUGCUUAGUGCGUUGGACUUCAUAUUGAUUCUGAGAGAGGUAUUUCAGCAUCAUUCAAUGUCUUUAUUUACUACAUUACAACUUUAUGUUAUCUUUAAUUUGGAAUAUUUCUUUCUAUUUAUGUAAGUAUAUUUAGAUCUAUUUUACAUCUGUGGACAUUUGUAGUCGAUUUAUAUUUUUAUCAUAUUUUUUUCCUUGAUCGUGUUCAUCAUAUUCCCAAAUUUGAUGUAUAAACCAAAAAAGCAAGGUUUGAGUGUUCAUGAAAAAAUCUUAGAUACGUUUUUACUUGACCAGCAGAAACGGCAUGGAAUCUCCAUUUCUCUUACCUUUCAAUCCUUCAAGCUAAUCAUCCAGACUUAUCUGGAUCAGGGCCUAUACCAUUGGUGCUUACCAGGCGCAAGAGAGUCAGACACCUACUUUGGUGUCUGUUUUUGUCCCCUUGCAGUUCUGGGUUUCAAUGACUGACCUAUUUGAUUCCAUGUCUGCUGAUGUAAAUUCAUUUCAAAUCAUUUGUCAAGUUCACAGUAUUGCACAGGCCAGUUACAGGUGGAUUUUUUUUUUUAAAUUUUGUAAAAGGAGUCCGAGACCAUGGAUGUCACCUCAUUAAUCUGUUUUUCAGGCAUACGAGCUAUAUUAUGAUAGAUCAUAAUUUAGUUAUCUUGUUUCUUAAUUGGGAAGGUUCUGAAUACAAUAUCAGAUCUCCAAGCGGAUGCUUUUUUUUCGUUCCUCUUAUUUUUUACAAAUUUGAACUUUCUUCGGUUUUCUUGAUUUUUUGUCUGUCAUUAUGAUGUGGUGUAAAUUUAUCCACAUAUUUAACAACUGCAGCUUGGAAAUCAUGGUUCAAAUCUGACGGAGGAAGAGCUUGAAACUCAUACAAUAUCUGCUUGGAAAGAGGGAAAGCAGCAACUCCACAGGCAAGUUGAUGGUCAUGGAAGACUGAUUCAGAGGGAUUUACUGCAUGUAAGCUUUGUCUGAUUGCUGACGUAAACUGCUUUUUUCUUUUAGUUGUUGCUAGCUAGGUGAGGCAUGUUGACAGAGCAAGAGUGGAAUGUUGACUAUCUUACACAGUAAAAGUUUAUUAUUGGAUAUAUUAAGUUUGGCUGAUAUUUUGGUUGCAUGGGACAUUCAGUAUUUAUACCAGGGCGUGAACAUUCUUUCCUUUAAAACAGUUUAUAUUUUGACAGCUCUUGGUGAAUGCAUUUGCACAGGCAGUAGUGUACGAGUUCAGAAUAUUUAUUAUAUCGUGUGGUUGUACAAUAUGGCCCAGAUUCUCUAACAUAUCAGAUGGACUGGAUAUUCAAGUUUUUAUCUGAUUUUGUUCUCUCCUUUCUCUCAGUUUCAUCCUUCUCUGUUCUUUGGAUUUCUGGUCAAAUUCAUUGAAGACAUUCCUUAAUCUCAAUUGGCUUCCACAUAUCUCGUAUUUAUUGGUUUUUGUCUUUUGAUUGACUUUGGGGUGAUUUUUCUAUCGCUUCCUUGUAUUCACCCAUUGACGCUUGAACCUGUGCUGGCGGUUUUACUAUGCCAGUUUCCUUUGUUUGGCUUCAGUUUGAGAGGUGGGGCUGAUGCUCCAAUCCUCCUCUAUGAUGUCUGGUCUCUGGCUAGUGUAAAAGCAUAAUCAUAAGUGGGCCUAAUGUGGGAUUCCUUCAUGUACCCUGAUCCUGCUUCUGUCCUUUAGCUACCUGCAUGCUGAAGCAUAUAUCCCACCUUGUAAUGUCUAUCCAACUCUGUAUACAAUGGUUGUGAUUAUGUUGACAUUCGUUCUUCCCCUCGCCCUCUCUCUGGUAUCCUUCACCAUCAGGGCCUCUUUACAUUUGUGCUGCUCCAGUUUCUGGAACACAUCUCUAUGCUGAAAGAACAGGUGACAAUGAACCAGCACUGCAGUCAACUUGGUAGUGGUUGACCAUCCAACGUCUUAUGGUAUCCUCAGGGAAAACCGCUUUUUGUUUACCAUCACAACAAGGAUUUUUGCCUCUCUUAUUGUGCACCACUAAUGCCCUAUGCCAUGUUACUGAAUGGAGUAAUUUUCUGCCGUUUUCUGGCAGCUGAAUCUAAAAUGUAAUGCUCCGCAAGCCUAUGAUAGAUAAGUUGAUUACUCACCGUGGUCUUCAAAUGAGAUCAACAGACACGUAGGGGGCAUCCUGCAAGAUCCAUGUCUCUGUUUCUGAUCCCUAUAACAGGAAUCUCUUUUUCCACUGUUGAAGGGAUCCAUUCCUGUGCAAUCUCCUGUUUUGAGUUCCGCCUACUGGUUGAGUUCCUCUUUUGUUUUCAUGCUGACGAUUACUCUCCAGCAUGUGGAACCUAGUCUCAAGCACUCUUUUGACAACUGUGGCAAAACAUUGUCGAAGACAGGAGUGAUCUAUGUACUUCUAUCAUUUGCAAUUCGGCAUUUAAAUUAUCUAGCCUCAGUCACUCUUCAAUGACUUCAGGGCCUCCUUUGUACUCACAACAUAUGUUUUGAGACUGCAGUUAAUUUUUUUGUUGGUAACUUAGUCACCCUUCGGGUUCCUCUGGCAACUGUGAUUUCUAAUGACUGUUUUCGUCGUCUGAAAAUUCUAUUGCAACUGAGAUGAUACCAGUAUCAUUUUUAUGAGUGAAUAAUUUUGCCCAUCUUGGCUGUUUUGGUGCAGAUGGGACCUUACGAUACACUGGCUGAUAUAGCCUUGAAGAUUUUGCAGAAUGAAGUGGCUACAGUCCCAAUUAUUCAUUCUUCUGCAAAAGAUGGUUCUUUUCCGCAGUUAUUGUAUCUUGCAUCACUUUCAGGGAUACUGAAAUGUAAGUUUUUCUUAUGUUCACAGUCGUUGCAUAAAAAUGGCGAAUAUCAAAGUAUCUAUACCAUCUCAAGAACUUAGUUCUAAAACCCCUUCUUUUCCUACAUGCAGGUGUAUGCAGACAUUUUAGGCAUUCUUCCAGUUCCCUACCGAUUCUCCAACAACCAAUAUGUUCAUUUCCUAUUGGUACAUGGGUUCCAAACAUUGGAGAAACAAAUGUUCGGCCUCUGGCAAUGCUCAGAUCAAAUGCUUCACUUAGCUCUGCCCUAUCUUUGUUAGUUGAAGGUACUUUUCAGCUCAGAGUACAGGCAACCAGGCACUAUUUUGUUUGGGUAGUUAUAUUCUGUCUGAAAAUAUUCUCUGGCAGUUGAAGAAUGAUGCGUUUUAUGCCUUAUGCAUAUCUAGAUUUUGCCACUUUAAGGAGAGGGGACUCACUAACAUGACAAGAGAAAUCAUUUGUUUCCCCGUUUGUCGUGCUUUUUUUUCCUUUUUUUCGACUGGAGCCUGAAGAAACAUCAAAGAGUAGCUUCGCAUAGCUCUUUUUUACACUGCAUUACAAUGGAACUUCAGACACAUCAACUGACCCAACACCUUGAGGACCUAUAAAGAUAGUAAUGAACGUCCAUUGCAUUACUAGUGUUAUAACUCCCUGGAAAAACGACACUCAUAAGACUUCACAGAUCACUACACCUUGGAACACAAUUCAAGUGAUUUUUUCUAUCAUUGACGUGGAAUGAAUACAAUGAUGAAAAAUCGAGAGUCCUGCGGUUAAUGCUAAAAAACCAGGUCAAAAGCCUCGGUACUUUUAGCAUUCUUAGGAUCUAAUGUUGUGACCCUUUCAAUGAAGUGGUUCAUCAUUGACUCAAAGAUGAGACAUAAUGUUCUUUGCUUGAACUUGGGAAACGCCCCUUGGACAGUUUACUCUGAGUGAUUUUGAAAUAUAGCAUGAGACAUGAAACCCAGAUCCAUUCAGUUUUGUUUUCGUGAGAUAACUUAUUUUUCGCGUAUAUGUAGAAUUGUUCACUAAUCUUGAGUGCGAAACUAUGGAACUGGGAACGGGAUAUUCACCUCAAUAGUCGGGUAAAUACCAAACAAAAGUCUUAAAAACGGUUCCAGUUAAGGCAUGGGUAUAGGUGCGCUGGAAGGUCACAAACCUAGUGUAUUUCUGCCUUGGGUCAUUUCUUAUGGAACCUUAAUCGAUGGUUUUAUAUUUAAACCUUAAUUGAAGCAUGGGGAGCCAGAAAAAAGACUGAUCGUGGAAGGUAAUUUAGGCUGCUGUUAUCUUCAUCGGGUUAGGUUGGAAUCAUUUCAGUUAAAUGAUUAAUGAAAUUUAUUACCGAUUAGUUAUUAUGAAACAAAUUAGAGUAAGCCUUAUAUGGGACGUGAAAAUUUUCUUGGUCUGAUAUUCUUCUUCCCAAGGCCAAUGGUCUUCUUGCCAUCUGUUGGAUGUUGAUCAGCCCUCAGACAUUCAUGUGAGGUUCCUUGCAACAUUUCUUACUGAAAUUUUUGAUUAGAUUUGAUAAUGCCUUUGUUUUUAUCUGAUCUUAUUCUACUCCAAUAAUAAAACAUAAUUUUUUGGUGAUCCAGAUUUGAUUUUAGAAUUUUCACUUAGAUCAUUUAUGGAAGUUGACAUAUAUUACAAUAUUCAAAGGAUUUCAAAAGACAUUUAUAGAAAGAGGAACAUAGAAAUAUGGUUGCCACCUUAACAGUUGGCUGCUAAUCAAUGCUGCUUAGUGGUUUGUUGCUUGUUUAGACAUUAUAUAAUCAACAUGAAAGGGCUUUAUCGGAUCAUUCUGGUUACAUUUCAGGCACAUAAUUUUAUGGAUGUCAGGGUAGUUCUGCAGAGUUCAUCAGUGAUAGUUCUUCUCUGGUUGAUGCAGAUUGCAGUGGCCUAAAUUUCCUACUGAAAAUUGAAACGCUUUGUCUGUAAUUUCGCCCAUUGCUAAAUUCUAUCUUCUGUAAUGAAUUAAUUACUAUUAAUUUCAAAAUAUUUAUGAAACAAUGUGAUGCUACCAUAUUUCAUCUGAGGGAAAAUAUCUGCAAGGAUUCCUCGUAUGAGAAUCAGAUCUCCGAAAUUAAUUCACAUCAAGCAGGAAUCCCUUCUCUUCUUUUCAAUGAGCUGCUGCAAUCGUUAAAUAGCAUGAACUGACGUCUAUUCAUUUCAACUUCACAGCUCGAGUUAGUUCGAUACCAAUAGUUGAUGAUAAUGACUCACUGGUGGACAUAUAUUCUCGAAGGUAAACGACCUUCACAACUGGUUUUAAACGAUUUUUCUCUCAAUGUUGGAUUUGGGUAGUUGACUUUUUCGUCCCCUCAUGACAGUGAUAUUACUUAUCUUGCCAAAGACAAAGUCUAUGCUCAAGUCCACCUCGAUGAAAUGAGCAUCCAUCAGGUUAGCCUCUCCUUGCAAAAUCCCAUUUUUUCUUCCUCUGAACUUCCCAACCAUUUUCUUUCCCCCUUUUUCUACCAAACAAGUAAGACCCUCUCUCCAUCUUUUUCUUCAUUCGAUUACUAAACGUGGCUCUCCCCCGUUGACCCAGGCGUUGCAACUUGGACAAGAUGCCAGCUCUCCGUUUGGUUUCUUCAACGGGCAGAGAUGCCAUAUGUGCCUGCGCACCGAUCCUCUGCAGAAAGUGAUGGAACGGCUGGCCAAUCCUGGUAAGCAUCUGCACUACUUGCCAUCUAUCCAAGAUCCUUAUUGAUAGAAUUGCAUUUGAAUGUUCUGGGCCAUCUAUUUUAGGCGUGAGGCGCAUCAUCGUCAUCGAAGCUGGCAGCAAGCGCGUGGAGGGCAUCAUCUCCUUGAGCGACAUGUUCAGGUUCUUGCUGGGCUGA